AUGUUGCCUGUUCUAUACAGAAAUGGGGUAGUGAAAAAAGCAAAAGAAGAUCAGAGGGAUGAGAAGACUGCAGUUGCAGGAGGGAUGAGAGAGGAAGUGGAGAGGUUGUACAAAGUACGCAUGCCUGAGGACUUAUUUCAGUUUUGGGAAUUUUGCAAGGGACUUAAUGCAGACUGUCCACAAGAUGCCCUAAAAGAAACAAUUGGGCUUCAGCUGGUUGGCCCAUUCGAUAUUCUGUCCAAAAAGCACACAUGCUUAUCUUCCUCUCAGCCCAACUUCCAUCUUCAUUGGGGUCAUUUUUAUGAUCCCCCAGAGUUCCAGACCAUCAUACAGGGCAGCAAAGACACACAGCACCUCAUGGGCUACUUCAGAGAUGCACCUGAUGCUUUACCUGUGUUUAUUGGUGAAAAUGAAGCCAAGAAGGGCUGUACCAUUACACAGAUGGGAGACAACAUCUUUGCUGCAGUUCUUCUGUUAUUGAAGAAGAAAAGGAAGGAGAGAGGACAUCAGAUGGAUGAAGCUGCUUUGGACAGUUUAGAAGAAGAUUUGAAGCAAGAAGCAGAGAGGUUGGGUUUGCCUCUUAAACAAAAGACUAAAGCAAUGAAACAAAGAGAAAGAAAGGUGGUCACUAAGACGUUUCAUGGAGCAGGAAUUGUUGUUCCAGUGGAUAAAAAUUAUGUUGGAUACCGGGAAUUACCAGAAAGUGAUGCUAGUCUGAAGAAGAUUUGCAAAGCGAUUGCAGAGGCCAACGAUGAUGCAGAGAGGAUAAAAGCAUUCACUUCCAUCCAGGAAAUGAUCACCUUUGUUCAAUUUGCCAAUAGUGAAUGUGACUACGGCAUGGGCUAUGAGCUUGGGAUAGACCUGUUCUGUUACGGCUCACAUUAUUUCUGUAAAGUGAUACGUCAGCUGCUGCCAAUGGCAUACAAUCUGUUGAAGAGAAGUCUGUUCGGAGAGAUACUGGAGGCACAUCUCACCGAUCGUUCCCAGCACAACCUUGACCAGCUCGCUGUGCUUAUCGUCCAUUACAGGCAUUCUCCAUCAGUAUUUGCACACUGCAGCAUUGGUGCAUGUGAGCAGCAGGAGUGUCGCAUCUCCCCCUGCGCGCGCGAGACCCGACCCGCGCAGCACCGUCACACCACCGGACACUGUCGACACGAGCCUCAUAUUCCCGUUUACAACCACAACAUGUGUCGGAGAUUUAGCCCCGAUAACUGA